AUGACUGCAGGCAAUAUAGAAAGAACAUGUACUCAGUAUGGAACUUGGAACGGAACUACACCAGAAUGCACAUAUGUGCAUACCUGUUUGAGCAAUCCUUGUCAAAAUGGCGGGAGCUGUGUGGAUGGACUGAACAAAUACAGUUGUCAAUGUCCAUCUGGAUGGAGCGGUAUUCAUUGUGAAAGAGACGUACAGCCUCCAGUGGUGGUUGGUUGCCCUUCUGAUAUGAAUAUUGUGACAGAAAAGCCGAACACCUAUGUAAAUUGGACUGAACCCACUUUCAUCGAUCCUAUGGGAACACCUAUCAUCACGACCCCCAAUCAGUGCUCUGAUUUGAACGUCCCAAUCGGUGGUGCAAAGGUGUGCAAUGGCUGGAAAACAGACUUCGGUCAGUACUGUUUGUUUUUCUGUGACGCCAGUCAUGAUGUGUAUAUGGGCACGGACAUCAACCAAUGGUACAUCUGUGGAGCUAGCGGCGCAUGGAAACCGAGUGAUAAACUCCCUGACUGUGAAGGUUUUGUGGCUGAGGAGUAUGACAAUUCCCCAUCUGAUAGAAGGACAGGCAUGUGUCCGUCAUUUCCGAACAGAGAUCCGGAACAUGCUGCUCGGAAGAGGUCGCCACCUCAAAGACUGUCGUACAAUGUACUCGGAAGCUCACCUUCAGGCUGUUGA